UUCGUACUACAUAAUACACCAUGACAUAUCACAUGGAGCAAGGGCGAAAAAGACAGAUGGGGAAAUUUACCAGACGCAUAAACCGGAUUAAGCACGCGGUUAAUCCGGGGGAUAUUUAUUUCACCACUUUUCUAUUUGACCAUCUUUCCUGCUCUUCCGUAGAAAAAAACGUCGAGUGGCUACGUUAGCCUUCGUUGCUCCGCCCUCGAUAGCUGCAGUUCGCCUGAAACGUCACGGAGGACACCUCUGCACGGGACAGUCUGCAAAAUAAUAAAGCAGCCUUUUUUUCGUGGCCGGCAUCUGGAUUUUUCGCAGUGUUUAUGCAUGAUUUUCAAUCUGGAUAUGGAUUCAUAAUCUGAUCUUGACCGCAGGGCGACUCGUCUCUUGACUGCUGCUUCCCCCUCAGCCCUAACAAUGUAUCCGUCGUUACGGACGUUUUUACUAUCAAAUGCCCAGUGCUGGGACGCCGACAGCAAGAGGUCGUACCAGGACUUGUUUGAGAGGCUUGAUACCAAUAACGAUGGGGAGGUGGACGUCGCUGAAUUACGAGCGGGCCUCAAGGCAAUGGGCAUAUUUCGCCAGGGUGCCGCACAGAAAAUCGUGUCGUCUGGCGAUCAGAACAAAGAUGGGAGUCUCGACUUCAACGAGUUCAGCAAAUAUCUGAAGGAGCACGAGAAGAAGCUGCGGCUGACGUUCAAGAGUCUGGACAGAAACAACGACGGGCGCAUUGAUGCCUCAGAGAUCCAGCAGUCCCUUGAAGAGCUGGGCUUGGACAUCAGCAGAGAGAAUGCCCAGAAAAUAUUACAGAGUAUGGACAUUGAUGGGACCAUGAUGGUGGACUGGAAUGAGUGGAGAGAACACUUCCUUUUCUGCCCUGCUCACAACCUGGAAGAGAUCAUACGCUACUGGAAACACUCCUCGGUGCUGGACAUAGGUGACAGUCUUGCCAUCCCAGAUGAAUUCACAGAGGAGGAGAAGAGCUCAGGUGUCUGGUGUAAGCAGCUUGCUGCAGGUGCAGUAGCCGGGGCCGUCUCUCGCACUGGUACUGCCCCUCUGGACAGAAUGAAAGUCUUCAUGCAGGUUCAUUCUUCUAAGACCAAUCCGAUUAGCCUGGUAGGGGGCUUCAAGCGGAUGCUCAAAGAGGGAGGUCUAACGUCACUGUGGAGGGGAAAUGGGACCAACGUUUUGAAGAUUGCACCUGAGACAGCAAUCAAAUUCAUGGCAUAUGAACAAUUUAAGAAGUUGUUAUCCUCAGAGGGCAAGAAGAUUGAGACACACAAGAGGUUCAUGGCUGGCUCUAUGGCCGGGGCCACAGCACAGACAGCCAUCUACCCAAUGGAGGUAUUGAAAACUAGGCUGACCCUGAGGAAAACCGGCCAGUAUGCAGGAAUGUUUGAUUGUGCCAAGACGAUUCUGAGAAAGGAAGGUGUCAAGGCUUUCUACAAGGGCUACAUUCCAAACUUAGUGGGAAUCAUUCCCUAUGCUGGGAUAGACCUCGCUGUUUAUGAGACUCUGAAGAACACGUGGUUGUCGCACUACGCCAAGGACUCGGCCAACCCUGGAGUUCUGGUGCUGGUGGCCUGCGGGACCAUCUCUAGUACCUGUGGCCAGCUGGCCAGCUAUCCACUCGCGCUUGUGCGCACACGGAUGCAGGCACGAGCGUCUCUGGAUGCAUCAGACCAGCCCUCCAUGAGCAGCCUGAUGAAGAAGAUAGUAGCCAAAGAUGGCUUUUUCGGACUCUACCGGGGCAUCCUGCCAAACUUCAUGAAAGUCAUUCCUGCUGUCAGCAUUAGCUAUGUGGUUUACGAAUACAUGAAGACUGGCUUAGGAAUUUCCAAAUGACGCUGCAAGCAAAUGAAAAAGAACAUUUAUUUGUCAGACUUGAAAAUGCCUGAAAUGAGUCCCAAGAAAACAGACAGACAUCAAACAUACAGAGCAUGACUUCCCCCCCAGCUGGCGAAGGAGUUCAGUGGAUGGAAAACUGUAUGUGUCCUACUAAGGGUUGUCUGUCAGUAGCUAAAGCAUUUAUCGUUCCUGCUGAGCAUGCUUUAAUUUCUAUCCUAUUUUUACGCAUAACACGCUCCCAAAAUAUAUUCAUUGUCCAAAACAAGAUUUGACAUAAAGAUAGUACUGCACUAAAUACAAACAUAAUACAUGAUGGGUUGUGAAAUUCAUCCUACUUUUAUUCUGUUAAAACUGAUCAACCAAAGUGGUAGCUUAAUGGAUCAUAUUGUUUUUGUUUCUUUUGGUUACUAAAGAAAUAUUUUGUUUUAUGAAAUCUGGAGCUUUUCCAAUAGAGAUACACAGCAGAGUUAAUGGUCUUAUUUUGAGGUAAAAUGACACUACACCAGUUCAAAUGCUGAAGUCAACGCCCUUUAGAGGUAAUUUAACACUUUCCUAAGUUGUAAACACCUAGAGUGACAUCGGCUCCAGUCAGCUGCUGUCAACCAAAAAGAACUGUCCCUGAAAAAUCAAGAACUUGUUAACACUGGAGUACUGUGUGCAUGAAGACAAAUGUGUCUUGUGCAAUGUGAAAAUCAUAAAUUGUGUGUUAUCUGAUAAUCAUAAAUGUGCCUUACAGCCACUAAAUGUGAACUGUCUGACAUCACAGAUGUGUUUUUUACUACAUAUGUAUGUACUGUAUAUAUAUAUAUAUAUGUAUGUAUAUA